AUGGCGCAAAUCGUUAGAGUCAUCACGCUUCUCGCUCUCGUCUCGUCCUGCGCCGCUUUAGUGGUGGACGGUAAUGCCGAUUUGAUCAAGGCUAAGGAGGCGCUCAAGAAGUGGGGCGAGUACAACACGUACAUGACCCUCCUCCAAUCAUCUGGUAACCUCUCGACCCUCUUAUCCCCCCCCCAAAUCCUGUGUAGAAGCCGUUUCGAGCCCAUCCUCGCGCGGUACAUUCAGACGCAGCCCGUAACCCUCCUGGUCCCCAACGACAAGGCCUUCGCCACUCUCCCCAUGCGCGUCAAGGCGCAGCUUUCCGGCUCCAAGCUCAUCAAGCUUCUCGAGUUUCAGAUGAUUCUCCAGAAGCUUCCUUCCGGCUUCCUCAAGAUGGCGCAGCCCGGCUCGAAGUUCCGUACCGUGUACGGCGUAACGCUCGUAAAGCAAAAAGCAGCGCUCAAGAACACUGUGAUUCUCGGCGCUCCGGGCGCGACGAUGCCGUCGCAGAUGGCAGUGGUAACCCGAGGCGACAUGGCGGCGGCGAAGCUGAUGCUGCUGUGCCUACACGGCACCAACAACGUCAUUCUCCCUCCCAACGUCUUCUUCUAA